GUUGCUGACCCGGACGUGACGGUGUCUGGGCGCCCCUUUUGAACAGGGCGGGACCAGAAGUGGGCGAGGGAAAGCCUCGCGAGCGGAUCGGGGAUUCCCCGCCCUUUCCCGCCCAGAAAGAACGGAAGCGGCUCACGUGAUCCGCGAGAAACCUCCCCGUGAUCCGGGCCGGACGAGGAGGGGCCGCUAUGGCUACCGCGCUGGAUAUCAAGAUCAAAAGGGCCAACAAAGUGUAUCAUUGCGGGGAAGUGCUCACUGGAGUGGUUGUCAUAACAAGUAAAGAUGCCAUCCAGCACCAGGGAAUUUCAUUAACAAUGGAAGGGACUGUAAACCUACAACUGAGUGCCAAAAGUGUUGGAGUGUUUGAAGCCUUCUACAAUUCAGUAAAGCCUAUACAGCUUAUUAAUAAUACUGUGGAAAUGGUAAAGCCUGGAAAACUUCCCAGUGGUAAAACAGAAAUUCCUUUCGAGUUUCCAUUGCAAGUGAAGGGAAACAAAAUCCUCUAUGAAACUUACCAUGGAGUUUUUGUCAAUAUACAAUAUAUCCUUCGAUGUGACAUGAGGCGCUCUCUCCUUGCCAAGGAUUUGACUAAGACUUGUGAAUUUAUUGUCCACUCACCACCUCAGAAAAGUAAACCAACUCCAAGCCCAGUGGAUUUUACGAUUACUCCUGAAACUCUACAGAAUGUGAAAGAGAGGGCAUUGCUCCCCAAAUUUCUCAUCAGAGGUCACCUUAAUUCAACCAACUGCAUCAUAACACAGCCUUUAACAGGGGAGCUGGUGGUGGUGAGCUCGGAUGCUGCAGUUAAGAGCAUUGAGCUCCAGUUGGUACGCGUGGAAACUUGUGGCUGUGCUGAAGGAUAUGCAAGAGAUGCCACUGAGAUUCAGAAUAUUCAAAUUGCUGAUGGAGAUGUCUGCAGAAAUCUACCCAUUCCAAUCUACAUGGUAUUCCCCAGGCUAUUUACUUGCCCUACGCUGGAAACUACAAAUUUCAAAGUUGAAUUUGAAGUUAAUGUUGUUGUCCUGUUGCAUGAUGAUCACCUCAUCACAGAGAACUUUCCCCUGAAGCUUGGCAGGCUGUGAAUUGUCACAGUUGUUUCAGAAUGUUCAGUGGGGCCAGGUGCUUCCUGACAGUUUCUGACAUCAUGCAAGAAUCCAGUGGAUUGGCACCGCAGGAUCCAAGCCAUGGAAUCAUUCUAUAUUCUAAUUGGGUGGCAGCAAUAAUUAGAUGUUUUGAAUGAUGGGGGCACAAUCAUAUGUUUGCUGCAACUAUAAAAGUGCUCUCAGAAGGCUAGUAUCCAGUGAGAAAGAGAUGGGAUCUCUUAGUGGUACAAGGUAACAAGUAUUAAUAAGAGGUUGAAGAAGUGGCGCUGCUUCUGGCGAAAUGCUGCAUUGCAUUCCAGGGAGUCCUCUUUCUUUCUAAGCUGUAUUUUGGCAUUUGCUUAUCUCUUUGUAUCAGUUUUGAUAAUAAGGGGUCCUGCCAGUUAAAGGAAGACUAUUCUGUUCUGGGGAUGUUCUGUUCUCAUCUAAACUAUUUCCCAUCUAGGUCAUGGGAUUUGCUUGGACCAUGCUUAUUUUUGAAAUAGUUACAGGUGCUAAAAGCAAGGCCUCCCUGUUAGAAUAUUUGUGCAGUGGUUGGAACUGCAGCUACUCAGUUUACUGCAACUAAGAAACUAUAUUUUCCAAAACAAGUAGCUUUCAGAUUUCCUCAUAAUCUAGACCAUCAUUUUACAUAUAAUGUUCUUUGAAUGUUCAUAUUCAACUUCUUUGGGAUACUUAGGCUAAACCAUAGGAUUUAAACUUUGACCAACUUUAUCAGAGGAUCUGCUGCAACGAGUCAAUCUGAUUUACAUGCAUGCAUGAGAGCACAACCCUGCCACUAGAAUUAGAUGAAAUUCCUCUGAGACAAAAUGAGGGCAAGGCUGGCUUUUUGUAGAUAGAAGAGAGGAUAGAAUAAUUACUGUGUCAUUCACUUGCCUUUUGGAAGGCAUCAGCCUGUAAGCCCAGUAAAUCCUGGUGUGGAAUCAGCUGGUGAUGGUACAAAAGUUAAAACUGGGUAGUGCACCUGUGGCAUAAUCCUAAAGCCUGCUUCUCUACCUGUCACUGAUAGUUAUUAUUUUGAAUCAGUCAUUCAGAUUCUAGAUCUGGUCAGAUAAAUAGAGCCUGCUGAGUAGUUGCUCAUCUUUUUGAAGUAGUUGAGAGCAUGUCUCAUUUUCCCAAGAAUGCUAUCUCACAGAAGAUAUUUAUGAUCGCUAAAGUGGUUGACUGACAUGCAUGGCGAAAGGGGUGGAAGGCAAACUAAAUGUGUAGUUUGCCAGUUGCCUCUUUGCCUGAGUAAAAAUGUUCUGUCUUCAAACGUGGUUUUUGUAAUUUUUCCAGUUGCUUAAGAAAGCUGGACAGGAUAUGCUAGGUUUGGCCAUCAUAAUUUCAACCGAAAUUAUUUGAAGGGUGUUACUUUAGAUCUUAAAGAAUAGGGAGUGCAGGACUGCUCCUAUAUACUUACACAACAGCAGAGGAAUGAAUCUACCCACUGCUAAAACCUCAUGUGAGAGUUUGUAUGACUAUUAAUAUUAUAACCCCAAAGUAAUAUCAAUGUCUCUGCCUGUCUCAGUACCUCCCGUCCCAGUUAAGACAAAGGAGGGAGUCAUUUGGCAGAAAGCUACACCGAUUCUCUGCUCAGCUCUCCCCAUGGAAAAAAGGUGGGUGGGGAGGCAAGGUAGCAGGUGUACAGUAGAUUCGUUUGUGAGAGAGCAAAGGAUGGUUGGGGAAUUCAUUUAGUUAGCUUUUUAGUAUGGACUGACCUGCUAUGCACUUCCUGAAGUCAUACAUGAAAACAUUGACCCUUCAAUGUUCUCAUACAUGUAUGACUUGAGUCUUAGCGUGUCUUUUAAUUUUGUAAUGCAGUUAGUCCAAAAGAAGAAAAAAGAGGGCAAAAUAUUGUACAAAAAGGUUGAACUCAGGGAGAAGCAUUUGAAAAAAAUAUGGAGGGAAAUAGGAAACAUAGAUAGGUAUUUGUGCAGUCUUUUUAGUGUUGCAGACAGAUGUGAAAGUGGAUACCAUAAAUCUAUUGUUGAAAGAUGCAAAAGUGAAAAAAUGCAAAAGUGAAAAGAUGGGUUUGUCUGUCCCUACAGAAAGCCAUUGCAUAAUAGAGAAUUUUAAGAACCUUCCAGUAUAAAGCAUUCCCAGCCAGUCCUUCAGCGACCCCUCAAGUUUCUCUCCAUUUCAACUGACACAACCUACCAGUGAGUCAAAGGCCAUCUAGUAGCAGUAGAAAAAGGAAGAUUGCUACAGUGUGAGUCCAGA